UGGUGUUGAGAGUUUCCUGCUUAUAACUAUUUAAAGAAUUAGUUGAUGAAAGUAGAGUAAAGUAAGUUUAGACUGUUUAUGCAACCCUUUAUAAGUUAAUGAUAAGCAAAAGUAGAUCACUGGAGUAUAAGCUGAUAUAGGGUUCAGGCUCAGCAGAUAAACUAUACAUGGAUUGAAAAUGGUAUAAUUGUUGCAUCAAAACACUGAUGCAUGACCAUUUUCUUUGAGUUGUUUAAUUUUUAGACUUUGUGUUGUACUUUAUUCCCCUAAUGUUGUAUUUGGCAGCUUAUGUGCAGCAUUAUCUAGUAUCAAUCUGACAAAAACACCUGAAGAUGAAUGCUGAAUGUUCGUCUAACGCUCAACAAUUGUCUUCGACUACAAUCAAUACACUUCCUCAAACCAUAACUGAAAACAUCCUAUGUCUUUUACCAAUUGAAGAGGCAGCAAGGACAAGUAUCCUCUCAAGGGAAUGGAGGUACAAGUGGACCACUAUUCCCAAACUUAAGUUUUAUUGGUCUACCUUGUACAAUAGAACAACUGAAGAGAAUCAGCACCAGACGCAUAAACUUUUCAAUGCAAUACACCAAGUUCUGUUAAUGCGCCAGGGUCCAAUACACGAGUUCACCUUUCACUCGAACAAAAGCUGCCACUUUUAUGAACUCGAUCAAAUAAUAUUUCAUUUGUCAAGGAACCAUACUGUCAAGAAAUUAACACUUGCGUUUGAUUAUAUGGAUUCGUAUAAGUUACCCUUAUGUGCCUUCUCUUUGCAUCAGUUAACAGACCUAGAUCUCUGUUAUGUCAAUCUUGACCAUCAACCAAUAUUCAGUGGAUUUGGUAGCCUUAGAAGCUUAUCCUUGAUAAAAGUAAAGAUCUCUACAAAAGCUUUUCUUCAUCUUCUAUCAAAUUGUCCAUCACUUAAGAGGUUCAAUCUGCAAGGAGAUAUCGGUUCUAAAGAUUGCACCAUCAUUGAGCUAUUCGAGUGUUUGCCUGCGAUUGAACAUCUUACCAUCUGGGGGAACUGUGCCCAUCUGUGGCUUGUUCUAGACUCUAUUCCAAAAGAGCUUCCAACCACACUAAUCCACCUCAAAUGCUUUCGUUUUAACAAUAUUUGUUUCGUUGACGACCAUGGAUUAACUUUUCUUGCUGUUUUGAUCAAAUGUUCCCCGAACUUGGAGAAAAUUGAGCUAGAGAUUUGUAUUGUUGAUCACAAUGAGAUAUGUUGUGGUAUAUUGGAAGAAUAUUCAGAUGUUCGGUUGGAGCAUCUGAAGGAAUUGGAGAUCAUGUGUUUCAGCAACUUGAAACAUGCGAUGGAGUUUGUGAAGUUUAUCUUGGCAAGGUCACCUAAGCUAAAGAGGGUGAUCUUAUAUAGCUUUGUUGAAAAGGAUGAAGAGUCGGAUAUUUUAACAAUUCUCUCACAGGCCCCACACGCAUCACAGGAAGAAAUCGUUGUGAGAUGUAUCACAGACUAGUUGUAUUGCUACUUGUAUUUCUGUGUUUUCUUUCUGGUUAGUCUAUGGAGUUCUUUUGAAUGUUGACUUUCACUUUCAUAGCACGUGUACUCAAAAUUAGGGUAAGGAUCUUCACAUGCAAUCAAUAAAUUUGAGUAGUAUUUUCUA